UCGAUCGGCCGCCUUCGCCGCAGUAUCGUACAAGACGUCGUCGUCGAAUAACGUUCUCUCAGGUCAAUCCGCAUAGACACUAAACGUUGUCCGCGCGCGAACGCGUAACAAUUACGUACGGAGUAUUCGAUAAUCAAUAAAAAUCGUCAAUAAAUCCGUCCGCAGACCGCAGCCGCCGCCGCCACAGUUUUCGGGACGCUCUUUCUCCUCCCCUUUUCCGGCGGUUUCGAAUCAACCCUCGUUCGGUUCGAUUCCGAUCGUUUCACCGCGUUCGUCUCUGUGCCCACGCGCGCAACUACACGGACCCAAUUCCACACCGAGGGUUUUAAAACUAAUGUGAGGUUCAGACAUGGAGGGUACCGGUACCCGGUGGCUGGUGACCCUGUGUUUGCUAACAGCAGGGCAAUGCAUUCCUUCCAGGGUUACGUCUCAAUUAGAAACGGAUUCCGAAGACUCCAGAAGAGUCCUUGGUUCAAGUGUAGUUACAUCAGUAUCUGUAAUAAUGGAUCACGGAAACGGUACCAAAACGUAUUUCGCUGACGGACAAAGUAAGAAUGUGCACAAACCAACGGACACCAUUAUAGGCAGUCCCGGUAAUUUACUGUCACCGGAUCGUUAUGAAUUUUAUACGUUUGACGAGACGGGAGAUUUAGUAAAACGACUUAUGACAUUAGAGGAAAUACACGGCUUAAUUGCCGGAGCCGAUCCAGAAUCCGUGAUGGCUGAUUCAUCUCCUACAUAUUAUCACGAUGCGUUGUCGAGUCAUUCGUCUGAAGCACUUAUGCACUUGCCAGCUUCAGAUCUUGAAUCACUAGAUGAGCCAGCUGUUCACAAAGUACUGGAAAGUGUACAGAAUGUACUAAAAAAUGAAAUGGCUGCCAACUCGGGCAAACCCAUUCCAUCUAUACCCAGUACAUCGUUGCAUCGUCCGGAUUCAGCGUCCGCGUGGUCAGCCUUAUUUCCGGGACUAAUAGAAACUCCGGAUGACGUAGCCCAUCUUUCAGGAUACUUACUUCCGUCCAAAACGACCGAAUCAAUGGAUCCACCGUUAACUAAGAAACCAUCGGUACCCACAAAGAUGCCUUUAACAUCCAUGCAACCACCGUUGACGACAGCUAAAUUGCAAUCGCCGUCUAUAAAUACACAAUUGAGUACUACAACAGAAAAAGUGAGGUCAACGCCAAAGUACUCGACAACCAAACCGGAAACGACAACAACAACAACACCAACAACAAUCCAAAUGCAGACGACGACACUCAAACCAUCAACGACGAAAAAACCAUUUAAGCCGAUACAGACAUUUGAAAAGCAAAAGCCAUCAUUACAGAAACCGAGUUUAAUCUUACAUUCGACUGCUAAGCCACCGGUUAUGGCGGACCGUUUUGAUAUCAAUAAGGAAAUGUCUGCUUCUAUAUCGGACAUGUUAUCACAAGUAACAGACAGUCAAUCGUCAAAUCACAAACCGUUACAGACAAAUACUCUGGUAGAGAAAGACAACACGGCAGAUUACGUACCAGAAGAAAGUUCACCGGAAUUGAGUUACUACAGCCCAAUGGCGAUGUCGUUGAGUACCGUAGAUGCAAUGAAACCUGUUACAGAAGCGUUGACGAUGGCCAAAAAACCAAUGAUUACGAACUCGUAUAAAUCUACUAGUACCGAAAUACCGUUUUCGCAAAAGACAACUUCUUCAGUAACAACAUCAAGAUUCGGACCGACCAAAUCGAAUUCGACAAAACCACGGCCUCCCACGAGCGUAACCACCGCCUCGUAUACGACAAAACCGUUAUCACUCAAUAAAUAUAACGGAACUGUUUCGACUACUAGAAAUAACUAUCAAUACCCACCGAGCAACAUGUCAACAAAGUAUAUGCAAAAAAUCACACAAACCACUCAAGCGUACCCGAACAAAUUAAUCGAUUCGUUCGUAAAAGUUGUCAACAAAACGGUAAAUAAUACCACUCUAAGUGUGAAAAAACCGACGGAUACGUUUUGGAACACCACGGAAGAGAUAAAGAAUAAAUUUGCUAAUAAAGAGCCCAACAAGGGUUUUCCGACGAAAGUCAAUUCUGUUCGGCCAAACGGCAUCAACAGAACAAACGUUACUUUGUCGAAUCGUAUACAAGAAUCGAAACCUACGGCUAUCCCGAGUUUCGGAUCCGGUUCUUCGACGACUACUGUUCGCAGCCACACGGAUUCAGAUAAAUAUGUAUCUGUUAAAGUCGAAGAAUGGCCGGCGUCGCAACAUCCAUUAUUUUCCCCUACGACUAUCCCGUACGUGCAGAGUACCGAAAAAUCGUUCUUUUCCAGUAGCAACCAGCCGCCGAAUCCCAUCACCGAUGCUAAUGCUAUCAGGGACCUAAUAUCAUCUUUAAUGGUCAAGUCCACCACAGCGUCCAGUGUGCCGACAAGUACCGGUUCUCCGACCACCGUUAGCGCCGUGCAGACGUUAACAGCCGCAGUUUCGACUACUUCACCGACGCCGAUGAAAACAAUCACCGGUAUUCCAGCACCGAUGAUUUCGUCCACAACCGAAGUUCCUUUGACGUCAACGCUACCGCCUACGACCACAUCUACCGCUACUCCUACGACUACUUCUACUACUCCUACUACUACUCCUACUACUACUACUACUACUACUACUACUACUACACCAGUACCGAUAACGACAUCGGAAACGACUGCAAUUGCAGCGACAACAACGGCAGGGACGAUAGCAGUGAAGACUGCGGUGGAAGUAGCGGAAGCAGCAGCAGCAACAACGGUGACUACUGAAGCGACGAUGACACCGACAAGUACGUCGACGGCAAAUGCGACGGAAGCUAGUGCGUUGGCCGAACAAACCUUAGACAGUACUACAUCGACUCGACCAGCAGCAAGUACUUCAGCUGCUCAGACAGCGGCAAGUUUUACGGGUGCUCAGACAUCGGAAAGCAUUGCAGCUAUUAAGAUAUCAUCUAGUACAGAAGCUACUCAGGCACCGGACAGUACUACCACUGGUCAGACAUCAGCUAGUAGUUAUACAGCUGUUCAGACAGCAGCGAGUACUGCAGCUGCUCAGACAAGUACGACGAGUACUACGGUUGUCCAAACCACAGCGAGUUCUUCGGCUGCUCAAACAGCCGCUAGUUCGCCGAUUAAUAUGACGACCGUUGCAAAUUCGAUAGUGGCGACUACGACAGACGCGAAAACGUCGGCCGCUGCAACUACCGUAACGUCUACUACCCCGGAAUCGGAAACUCAGUACGUGCCGGUCACGCAUUUUCUACCGGAGCUGCAGAUGAAAGACCGACUGGAAACGGAGAGAAAUAGCAGUGCACCGAGCGUGGAUUCGAUACUCAAAGACGGUAUAUCAGCGGUGGCCAAUAUGUUACAGAACACGCAGAAGCCGACCAUAGUCAACACGCAGUACCAAGAGAUCGACGAUCGGCCGUACGAGAAGUUCACGUUGGCUGAGAGCAAGCAACCGUCCACGGAACAAGCCCGGAAACAAGCGACGGUCAAGUCGGAUUUCGAUGAGACGAGCACCCUGUCCGUCGAGAACGGGAUAACGCAAGAGCUGUACGAAUUCACCACGGAGCCAAUGACGAAAGAUCCGGUGACCGCGAACGACACGGAAGAGAUUUCACGAACCUCGGGCCCGGGCUUGGAGAUGCUGACCGUGUUCAAUGUCAGCUCUGCGGACGGUCCUGCGCAAGCGGCGAAGCUGGCCGACCUGUCGGCGGAAUCGCAUACCUUUUUCGACGUGACCACGCCGUUCGAAAACGAUCAUAACGCCAUCACCGCGAACCCGUCGGCCGUGACCGAACAGCCGACAGUCACAACGUUCAGCCCUUCGCCGGUGACGAGCGCGACGACGCUGAAGUCGAUUACGACGACAACCACCACGAUGACCACGACCACGAUGACCACGAUCACGAACGCUUCGACUGCCGACGUGCAAAACGUGACGACGACGACUGCCGAUUACGGUACCAGCGACGCGAACUCGUCUCCGCCGUCGGCCGCGCCCGUCACGAUGUCGUCCACCUUUGCACCGGCCGCGGCCGUCAAAUCCCCCGGACCGUCGUCGAACGCAUACAGGCCGCUGGCCAACACCGCGUCGCCGUCGACCGUCGAACUGCAUCCCGCGCCCCACGAAAGCAUGGGCUUGGAAGCCAGCGUCGCGUUCCUCGGCGACGACGUGCGCCGGUUCGCCGACCUGUGCAACGAGCUGUCGUUCAAGAUGUGGACUGCUGUCACCGGUAAGGGCCAGAUAGCCUCCCGUAGCCUGGUGUUGUCUCCGUUUGAGUUGACUGCCAUGCUGGCCAUGGUGUUCUUGGGCGCUCGCGGUUCCACUUCCGGCCAGAUGAACGACGUCCUCCGGCUGGACGACAUGGUCACGUUCAACCCUCAUCAAGUGCUGAGGAACAUCACGCAUUCCAUAACGAACGUUAACAAUCCCGGAGUGGCCACCGCGUCUUUCGUUCGCGAGAUAUACAGCAACAAGGGAAACGGAAAAAUCUUAGAUUUUUAUAAAGAACGGGUACAACAGUACUACGACGGACACGUAGAAGAAGUUGACUUCAAUACCAUCAGUGACGUGCUCAGGAGACGAACGAAUUUGCUGGUCAAAAGACAGACUUUAGGUCGAGUAGUAGAAUACCUUCGCGGUUCCGGUUUGAGUUUGACCCCACCGUUCGCCGCGUUCAGUGCCAACGUUUUCCAGACGAGCUGCGAGAGCGCGUCGACGGAGGGACGGGACGGCGAGAUGUACUUCGUUGUGCGACCGUCGACGAGACAGCGGCGCCUGGUGCCGGUGCCCGCGGCCGUGUGGCGCGGUGGCUUCCUGGCCGGCUACGAGCCGGGGCUGGACGCAACCGCGGUGUGCCUGAGCCCGGACUCGCCGGUGUCCACGAUACUGGUGCUGCCGGGCCAACAGGGCCAGGUGGCACCGGGCGACGGGCUGGCGCGGCUGGAGCAGCGGCUGAUCGAGACGUCGUACCGGCGGGGCGGGUGGUCGCGGAUCCUGCGCAGCCUGUUGCCACGGCCCGGCCUCGAGCUGCAGGUGCCGCGGUUCUCGCACCGGUCCGUGCUGAACACGACCGCGGCGCUGCAGAAAAUGGGCCUCAAGGACGUGUUCAGCGACCAAAAGGCCGAUCUGCGUGGCGUCAACGGCCUGUACGACCUGUACCUGUCCGACAUGCUGCAGGUGAACACGUUCAGCACGUGCGGCGAGGACGUGAUCGGCGCGCGGCACCACGUGGAAACGUAUCCCGCGUCGCCGCAGCGCAUGGGACGCGUGGAGAUGCUGGCCGAACGCCGCCGCCGCAAGCGCCUCGCCGACGACCUGCCGCUCCACAGCCCGUACUCGCACCUGCCGCUCAACCUGCGCCCCAGGCAGGCCAGGUUACCGGACGUGCCGCGGCUCCGGUUCGACAGGCCGUUCCUAUACCUGGUCCGGCACAACCCCACCGGCAUGAUCGUCUACCUGGGCAGGUUCAACCCGCGAUUGUUGCCGUGAACACAUAUCCCCGCGCUUUAUCAAAUCCAACACCGUUAUUAUCAUCAUCGCUAUAAUCAUCAUCAUCUCCUUUCACCAUCACCGCAAUCAUCGUCGUCGUCGCGUUUGCACAACAGCGGCUCUGCUCUCCGCCACGCAACAUUUCCAAUAUUUAAAACUAAUCUCAUCGAAACCCAUUGAUCAAUACCGUGUUGGAAGGGUAGGGGGAAAAAACGAGAACUUGUACACCGUCGUGAAGCUUUUACGCGGACGUUGUUCAAACAACCCGAUCUGACCACAAACCAACGAUAACCGUUCCGGUGCGCGUUGAGCGUUCCACUACAAUCGUUGCAAAAAAACAAUAAUAAUAAUAAGUAACGAAAAAAAAAAAAUGUUCGCAUUUCUGUAUUGCGAUUAAUGCACUACGCCGCGUUUUCAAUAUUUCAACAGUGUUGUGCUUGGCAUUAGGUUAUAAAACGGUCGAUUUCACUGACAUUUAACAAUAAAAGUAUUUAAAAAUAAUCCACCGAUAUUUUUCAAAUAGUUUUGUGAUCUUGGUCAAAUCGACAUCCUAAAAAUAUAUAUUAUAUUUAAUUGAACUAGGUAUUGCAAUCGUUGUAAAUCAUAUUUAUUUAUUUUUUUAUGCGUAAUAUCAUUAUUUAUCUGCGAAAUAUUAUUAUUACUUAUUAAUAUUAUACACUAUAGUUAUGUCAUUUUGUAUACUAAUGAUUACACUAAACAUAAUGUGCUACUGUACAGCAGUUACAUGCUUUGUGAUAUAUUUCGGCAACACACCUACAAUGAGAAUGUAAUGCUUAACGAUAUUUUAUAUUAUUUUUUAUUUAUAUAUAUAUAUAUAUAUAUAUAUAUACGUAUAAAUAAGAUUGUU